AAACUCACGCGCUUUUAUCUACGCGCCACUCUCCACGCGCUCCUAAUCCCAUCCAGACCAGUGUUCAACCGACUUCCCUGUUCCUCUCUCCCAUUUCACUCUCUCUCUCUCUCUAACUCAACCGAAACCCCACCUUACAACCGCCGAUUCAACCGCCGCCGCCGUAUCUAAACUCUUAUCGUCUUCUUUCCGUCGUGAAAUUUUUCGGCGGAGGCGGCCGUAGGUGCAGACAUGUACAGGGACGUGUCGAGCUGCAACACCUACAACUAUGGCGAUGCUGUCUACUGGGACGCUCGUUACCUGCAGGAGGCUGGUUCUUUUGAUUGGUACCAGCGUUAUGCUGCUCUUCGUCCCUUUGUUCGUAAGUUCAUCAGCACUUCCGCCUCCGUCCUUAUGGUCGGCUGUGGUAAUGCUGUCAUGUCAGAGGAUAUGGUCAAGGAUGGAUAUGAAGACAUAAUGAACGUUGACAUUUCUUCGGUGGCAAUUGACAUAAUGAGAAGAAAGUAUCAAUUCGUCCCCCAGUUGAAAUACAUGGAAAUGGAUGUCAGGGACAUGAGCUUUUUCCCAGACGAGAAAUUCGGUGCUGUCAUUGAUAAAGGGACACUUGAUUCAUUGAUGUGUGGCACUGAUGCUCCGAUUAGUGCUGCUCAAAUGCUGGGAGAAGUGAGUAGGCUUCUUAAACCAGGAGGAGUCUAUUUACUGAUAACUUAUGGUGAUCCCAAAGUAAGGAUGCCCCAUUUGAUGCGACCUUCAUACAAUUGGAAGAUAGCGCUGUUUAUAAUCCCAAGGCCAGGAUUCCAAAGGCCGGAAGAGUGUAGCACACCAGAAAAAUCAUAUCUGGAACCGGUGCCACUGACCGACAAGGGCUUGCUGCCACCAAGUUUUGUUAUGGAAGACCCAGAUUCUCACUUCAUAUACGUGUGUCAAAAGAUGGACGACUCAGAUCCGAAUAACAUAGUGCCCCCAUAUCCAUUGAGCUCAGAUGUGUUAUAGGAAUAAAAAAAGGUACCUUACAAACCUUGUAUCAUUUGCAUCCAUCCUAUUUUACAAGCUUGAAUAUGCAUUGUUGUAAAAUGAUGUUCCUUGUAAAGGAGAAUUAAUAGACAUAAAACACAUUGAAAUUAACACAUAAUUGAGGGGGGAUACCCUACCCUGAAUCUAGGUGGAGAGAGGGCUUCUUGCAUUCAAUUGUACCAACACAGAAACAAAUGAGAUCACUGUGGCUAUUCAACUAAAGUGCCUAAAUUGAUUAUGACAAUGAACUGGCCAUGUUCUUUGACCC